CAGGAGGAAUCAGACCGACAGUCUGCAGCCCGAGCACGCUCCUCUCUGUAUCAGAAAUCAAACCUGUUAAACCUUCACGAGCUGAAGUGCAGCGUCCCCGUGCAUGUCUGCAGGUUUCUGACCCCCCCCCCUCCCUCUCACCUGGGGACCCCGACUUCUUUUUCAGACUUACUGCAAACUGGAUUCUCGGAGCUCCUCGCCAUGCUUGCCCGGGUUUAGAUUCUCAAUGGAGCUGUCAAACUUGUACGAGGUCGCGCCCCGGCCCCUGAUGACCAGCCUGAACCACGGCCAGCAGCCCACCCCCGGCUACAGAGACCCGGCAGACCUCGGUGGGGAAAUCGGAGACAACGAGACCUCCAUCGACCUGAGCGCUUACAUCGACCCUUCUGCUUUCAACGACGACUUCCUGGCCGACCUGUUCCACCACAGCUCCCGACAGGAGAAGCUCAAGAUGAUGAACGGAGAGUACGACUCGGGGCCGUGUGGCCCGGGGCCCCAGCAGCACUACAUGCCCAACUACAUGGAGUCUAAAAUGGAGCCCAUCUACGAGCACAACCCGCAGCGCAUCAGACCGGUGGCCAUCAAGCAGGAACCCCGGGACGACGAGGACCUGAACUCGGGUAUGCCUCCAACCUACCACCACCCGCAUUCCCAGCAGUACUCCCAGCAUGCCCAGCAGCAGCAGCAGCAGCAGCAGCCGCACCUGCAGUACCAGAUUGCUCACUGCGCGCAGACCACCAUGCAUCUCCAGCCGGGUCAUCCGACCCCUCCGCCGACCCCUGUCCCCAGCCCACACCAGCACCAUCAUCACCACCAACACCAGGGCGGCAUGAAGCUGCUGGACCAUCAUCGGGGUGGAGGGAAGUCCAAGAAAAACGUCGACAAAAGCAGUCCGGAGUACCGGCUGAGGCGCGAGCGCAACAAUGUGGCCGUGCGUAAAAGCAGGGACAAGGCCAAGAUGCGUAAUAUGGAGACACAGCAGAAAGUGGUGGAGCUGAGCACCGACAAUGACAGACUGAGGCGGAGGGUGGAGCACCUGACCCGAGAGCUGGACACGUUACGGGGCAUCUUCAGACAGCUGCCGGACGGAUCCUUCAAACCCAUGGGCAGCUGAGAGACUACUGACCCGGACUGGGACCAGACUGGAGAUGGACUGGUACACUGCUGGAUUUAUUCACACAAACGGUUCGACGUGUGUUCUGGUUUUCGGACGGACUGAGAGGAGAGACUGGCAGCUGAUGUGUUCACUGCAAAAAAACAAAAAACAUGACAGUUCAGUUUGACUUUCAAGGAGCCUGAAGACUUUAAUUUUCUCUUUCAAAUAAUCUGCAAAUAUUUCUGGAGAAAGAUGAAAAAUCAAACAACUCUGCAGACUCAAAACAUUUUAAAAUAUUUAAAGAUGUUAUCUCAGAACCAGAAAACUCUAAAGCCUCAGACAGUUUCUGUGUUUCAGGACAUUUCCUGAAAGAAAUGUCAGAUGAAAACUGGACAGAGUGACUGGAACAUUCCUUCAACAGUGAACUGGAAACAGGUGAAUCAUGCCACCUUAACAUCCUUGGAGAAAAUCAGACUUUAGUGGACUUUGUAAAGACGAACUGACUUGGUCAGACUGUAUUUUUUUUCCUUUUUUGCAGUGUUCAUGUGCCUUUUAAAACUUUUGUGCAAAAGCCGAUAAGCUCGUUCCCCUGCAGAUCCACACAACAGAGGACUGGUUGUUUCUGUGCCUUAUUCCCGUACACACUGUGUGCACGACACACUCUACUCACAUAUCAGUGCAGCUAAGGUAGGGCACGGUGGAGGUGAUCCAAAAUCAGCCUGUUGUGCAUGUCAUUGUUUUGUUUUGUACAUCUCCAUAUCCUCCCUCCUGUGUCUCUGCAGAGCUAUGAAAUGCAAAGUGCACGCUGCUUGCAUAUAGGCUGAACUGUGUAUGUAUGUUUAUGGACUUUUGCUCAUUUUCUUCUGUUGCUCCUCAUGAAUGAGCUCUGGUACUCUUCACACAUGUUUUUGAUGAUGUGUAUAUACAUCAUGAUGAUAAGCAGAGUGUUAGCUGUGCAGCUGUGAUUACAUUCAUUCUAAGAGACAGAAAAAUCCUCUACUUUUCAAUAGACUUCCAGUGUUUUGAUCUCAGUUUGCUGCAAAUUUUGGUCAAAUAUUUGAGCGGCUUUCAGAUCCCCAACACUGUUCUUGUAUUUUUUUUUUCAUGCACUAAAACAAGUUUAAGGUUUAAAAGUCCUGCAGCAUCAAAAAAAACAUGUAGAGUUGAUAAAUGCAUCUCAAACUUUUGAAUUAUGACACCAUGAAAUGCAACAUCCUUCCCGCUCAGAACAAGGCGGGUUCCUCUGUCUGUUCCCUGGAAUAUUAACAAUGUGCAGAAAUGAUUUGUUUUGCAUUUUAUAGAAAGGAUGAUAAAUGAUCCACCAAAUCUGCAUCUGGUGAUAAAAUGCCAAAGUGAAUAAUAAUUUAAAAGCAAUCAAAAAGCAAUGACUGGAAUUCAAACUGUGGUACCUGCUGCUUUCUGUCACGCUCCUGUGGAAACCAAACAUCUCUGGACUGCUGCUUCAUUUAGAGCUGAUUCUGAUGAUUUUUAAUAGUUGAAAACAUUCUUAAAUAACAAUUUUCUGCAGACUCUGCAGCCUUUGAGAUGUGUUGUUUUUCCAGAGACCUGAUAGUAAGAGCAGCUUUUUUCUCAUAUGCACUAUUCGUCGUCAGAUGAAGCACAGAGUCGAACAGAAAAUCUUUCAUGUGUUGCUGAUUUACAGACAAAAACAAACUAAAACAAAAUGUGAAAAGGGUUUCUAUGCAACGUGUCUCUUCCUCUUUUACACACUCACACACUCACACACACACACAGUGCCUUCUGAUCCUCUGAGAUGACCUUUGACCUCUUGCUGAUCUGCUUGUGUUGCUCUGCAGAGAAAGGUGUUUAGAGAAGAUGAUUGGUGUCAGCGAGGACAAAGGAAGCACUUUUUAUACAAACUGGUGUUAAAGCAGCGUUUGUGUCAAAGAUAACGUCUCAAUUGUAAAAUAAGCCUAUAUAUAAAUAUAUAUAUAAAUAAAUAUAUAUAUAAAAUGCCAAAAAAUCUGAAUUAUUAUAAUAAAAGAGCUUGUUUUAUCUGAA